UUGAGUAACGUGCAUAACUGUAUUCAGUAUUAUGAGUAUCUUAUUCUUAUGUAAUCAAAUUCAUUUCUGUAACAGAAACUGAAUGAUUAUCCAUAAAAUGAACAUGUGUUAAAAGAUAGAAUAUUCGAAUAUGUAUAAAAAUUUCUCAAAGAUUUUCAAAACAUCAAAAACUCUGCGUAAUGCGAACGUUAAUCCGAAUUUCCUCGUGUCCCAGUCAAAAAUUGUCGUCUCAAAACAGUCAACAUGGAGUAGAAGGCAAUUUUACAGCACAAAUACUAAGAAAAAAGAGAACAUAGACUUAACAGAAUUUAGUCCUGAAAGAAUUAGAAAUUUUUGUAUCAUUGCUCAUGUUGAUCAUGGAAAGAGCACCCUGGCAGAUCGAAUGCUGGAAAUUACAGGUGUUAUACCUGAGAACCAGAAGAACGAGCAGGUGUUGGACAAACUCCAGGUAGAGAGGGAGAGAGGCAUCACGGUGAAGGCCCAGUCAGCCAGUCUGUUCUACAGUGUGGAUGGUGUGACUUAUCUCCUUAAUCUCGUGGAUACUCCGGGCCAUGUAGAUUUUAGCUACGAGGUUUCUCGCUCUCUGUCAGCAUGCCAAGGAGUCAUCUUAUUAGUGGACGCCAAUCAGGGUGUACAAGCACAAACAGUGGCCAACAUGUACCUGGCAAUAGAAGCUGGGCUAGAAAUCAUUCCUGUGUUAAACAAAAUUGACUUAAAGGGAGCUAACCCAGCUCUGGUCUCAGAACAAAUACAGAAUCUGUACCCUGUGAGUGAUGAGGAAAUUCUAAAGAUUUCUGCAAAACUAGGUACAGGUGUAAGUGAUGUUUUGAAAGCUGUAGUCAAGAGGAUACCCCCACCCCCAUCAGAUCCAAUGAAACCCCUCAAAGCGUUGGUGUAUGACUCCUGGUUUGAUAAGUUUAAGGGAAUUAUAUGCAAUAUAGCUGUCCAGGAUGGAGUUUUACUGAAAGGUGAAAAGGUAACUUUCCAUCAUGCUCAGAAACAUUUUGACAUACAGGAAAUAGGAAUUCUUCAUCCAGAGCAAACUCCUACCAACAUAUUGUUAUCGGGGCAGGUGGGCUAUGUGACAGCAAAUGUCAAGAGCAGCACGGGAACACUGGUCGGGGACACAAUGUAUCACAAGUCUGAACCAGUGGAGCCUCUUCCUGGAUUCCGUCCCGCCAAAGCUAUGGUUUUUGCUGGGAUUUAUCCCAUAGAUCAAUCACAGUAUGCCAAGCUACGAGAAUCCAUCACCAAACUUACAUUUAAUGAUUCCAGUGUCACUGUGACCCAAGAUUCUAGUGCUGCCCUUGGUCCUGGGUGGUGUAUCGGGUUUCUUGGACUUCUACACAUGGAUGUCUUUAAGCAGAGACUUGAACAAGAAUUUGAUGCUAAUGUAAUAAUAACAGCUCCUAACAUACCAUAUAAAGUUAAGAUUUUUGGUGCUAAAAAUAUAAAGCAGUACAAAGGAGAAGAAAUAACAAUACUGAAUCCUUCAAAGCUUCCUGUCCAAAAUAUUAUCUCCCAUUAUUAUGAACCGAUGGUCCGAGCCACUCUAAUUUAUCCUGACCUCUACAUAGGAGAAAUUCAAGCUCUUAUUACGGAGAGACGGGGCAACACAGAGAAUCAGACUUAUCUAGACAACUCUCGUGUAAUCCACAAAGUUAUCUUUCCUCUCAACGAGAUUCUUAUCGACUUCUUUGAUGCUUUAAAGUCAGUAACAAAAGGAUACGCCAGUUUUGAUUAUGAAGAUCAUGGAUAUGAAGAAACAAGUUUAAGCAAGGUUAGUUUUACCAUUAAUGAUGCGGAAGUGGAGGAAAUGACAUUACUCUGUCAUACGUCUAAAGCAGAGACUCUCUGUCGGAAAAUCUGCGCGCGUCUCCAAGAGGCAGUGCCUAGGCAACAGUUCAGAGUUCAGAUCAAAGGUCAAGUCAACCAGAAGCACGUCUGCACGGAAAUCGUCAAACCCUUCAGGAAGGAUGUCACCCAGAAACUGUAUGGGGGAGAUGUGACACGGAGAAACAAGCUGCUAGCGAAGCAGGUGGAGGGCAAAAAGAAGCUCCGAAGUCUGGGAAAUAUACAAGUGCCAAAAGAUGUAUUUAUUAAAGUCCUUACACAGAAAUAAACAAUGUACAUACUAUAAAUGCUGAGUUGUUUUGGUUAUCAUUUGUGUAAUCAGAGACCUCUUUCUGUGACAUACUUGGUUCCAUUCUUUCAUAAAUAUUGGGUUGUAUUGGCUUUUGACCCAUAUUUUAUCGUUUCUGUACAUUCCGCGAUAUGACAGGGUUUUUUUUUAAUUUUCAGUAAAAUGAUCAGAAAAAAAGAAUGAAGGAAUAUGAAAAAAAAACGGUCGGAAAAAUAUCAAAAUGUGCAUAUUUUAAAGCAAUUUAAGAACAUUUGGUUGUUAUUUUCAAGACAUAUCUGUAUGUUUUGAUAAGUUAUUUCGAGCCAGUUGGUCAUACAUUAACUUUCUUUCCCAUGCACUAUAAACAGCAAAUAAUCACGAAGUGAAUUCUUCAAUUUCAAAACAUUAUAAACUUUAUCAGCUCCAACAAAAUCUCCAUCCGUUAGGAGGAUCUGGUAGAUAAAGAAUUCAGUCCAUCUUUACGUGUGUGAGGAGUGAUUUCCAUAGCCACUGGUAGACUGCAAUGAGCAGGGCUUUUUUAGCAGUCCUCAGGGUAAAGGAGAAAGAGAUUCCUAUUCGACAAAGAAAUGAGGGUAUUUUUUAUGCUUAAAAACAUUCCAGAAUAAUGUGGGCGAUAUUUAUACAUAACUAGUGCAUAUCAUCCGGAUUG